UUUGGACAAAGACCUCUUUUUACCCCUCUCAAUCAAUUUCUCAGCCCGCACCACAGCCAACCAAACACAGAACAUCAUCAUGGCCAAAUUAGAUAAGAGACGGAAAGGUGUGUUUGGCCCUCCGAUGGGGAAGAAGUACCUCAUAUUCAUAGAUGAUGUGAAUAUGCCAGCACUGGAACAGUUUGGAGCUCAGCCUCCCGUGGAGCUUCUUCGACAGUUUAUGGAUCACAAGAAGUGGUAUGACCUGAAGGAUACUUCCGGCAUCAAAUUAGUUGACAUCCAGGUCAUUACAGCCAUGGGUCCUCCUGGUGGCGGGAGGAAUGCUGUGACAUCUCGCUUCCUACGUCAUUUCAACAUUUUUAGCAUCAAUUCUUUCAGUGAUGAGACCAUGGUUCGCAUCUUCUCCAUUAUGGUGGCAUUCUAUCUCAAGAACAAUGAAUUUCCACCAGAAUAUUUUACUAUUGGUAGCCAAACGGUGACAGCAACCAUGGACGUCUACAAGCAAGCCAUGGAAAAUUUGCUUCCGACACCAGCCAAGUCUCACUACACGUUUAAUUUGCGUGACUUCUCACGUGUAAUCCAAGGGUGCCUGCUUGUGAAGAGCAAAUCUCUGGAGAACAAACGCACGAUGAUUCGGCUGUUUGUCCACGAGGUCUUCCGCGUCUUUUAUGAUCGUCUGGUGGAUGACAAGGACCGAGCAUGGUUCUAUCAACUGAUGACCAAGAUCCUCAAAGAUCACUUCAAUGAAGCCUUUAACAUGGUGUUUGAUCACCUGAAACAAGGCAGUAAA